UCGCUGUCAGUCAGGCGCUGGCUGGCCCCGCCCCGCCCCUCUCGCCGGGCUGGUUACAAUGUAUCAUUAGCCGCUGGAGCCGGUCCGUAGUGUCCCCCCCCGCCGGGCCCCCGCCGGCAUGUAACGCUGGAUCCAGGGAUCGGAUGAUGGGGGAUGGUGAUCAGACCCCCGGGACCCCCAGUCUGCAGUGAGCCCCCCACACCGCCGCCAUGUCCGCCAAGGAGAACCCCUGCAAGAAGUUUCAGGCCAACAUCUUCAACAAGAGCAAGUGUCAGAACUGCUUCAAACCCCGGGAGUCACACCUGCUGUCCGACGAGGACCUCAACCAGGCCAAGCCUAUAUAUGGGGGAUGGCUUCUGCUGGCACCGGAGGGCACAGAUUUCGACAAUCCAAUGCACAGAUCUCGGAAAUGGCAGCGAAGGUUUUUCAUCCUCUACGAACAGGGCCUUCUGCGUUAUGCACUGGACGAAAUGCCCACCACUCUACCCCAGGGGACUAUAAAUAUGAAUCAAUGCACUGAUGUCAUCGAUGGGGAGAGUCGUACCGGGCAGAAGUUUUCACUUUGUAUCCUGACCCCCGAGGAACACUUCAUUCGGGCAGAGAACAAAGAAAUAAUUAAUGGGUGGUUGGAGAUGUUAAUUGUUUAUCCGAAGACCAAUAAACAAAAUCAGAAAAAGAAGAGGAAAGUUGAACCUCCUACCCCGCAGGAACCUGGACCAGCCAAGAUGGCUGCAACCAGUACUGGGAUCCCCAGCGCAGAGAAGAUUCCAGCCACCAAAUCCACUCUGUGGCAGGAGGAAGCCAAGGACAAGCAUGUGCAGGAUAGUAGCAGUGGAACUAGCAGCGGCAGCAGUAGCCCCCACCAAAGCCCGGUGCCGAUGCCUUCAUCUCCAUGUGAACCCAUGCCGGAAAGCAAAGUCGACGGAGGUCUAGUGAACGGAGACCGUGUAGAUGGCGGGCGCAAAACGCGCGUGGAAAGUGGAUAUUUUUCCCUGGAGAAGACAAAAGACUUGAAGACUGAAGAGCAGCCUCUUCAAACACCACCCUCACCCUCCAACCCUGACGCCCCCAGCAGGUAUAGUGGCCCCAAUUCACUCAUCGUGGAUCAGGACCCCUUUUCCCCCCCAGGUAACUGGCAGCACCAGCACACGGAGCUAGAGCAAAAUGAGGGAUAUUCACACAGCCCCCUCUUUGUUGCCAACCGGCAAUACGCCAUCCUGGCCGAUGUUCCCCGAGCCCGGAGAAUCAGCCACAAGGACGCUUUCCAGGUAGAAAAGAAGAGGCUGGAGCAGAAGACCCGGGCAAGGAGCCCAGGCAGGGAGGAGGUCGCACGCCUGUUUGGCCAGCAAAGAAGGCGCUCUGUUGUCAUUGAGAAGUUUGAAGCUCUGGACAUUGAGAAAGCGGAGCACAUGGAGACCAACUGUUCCACGGUCCCUAGCAGCGAGGUCCGCCAGGGUCGCAGUGAGAAACGCUCCUUUCCCAGGAAACGGGACGAGUCGGGGGUCAGUACCCUUCCUGAUGUUUCUGCCUCACAUAUGUCUCCCUAUCGCCGUGCGAAAUCCCUGGACCGCCGGUCUUCAGAAUCUUCCAUGACGCCUGACUUGCUGAACUUCAAGAAGGGCUGGCUGACCAAGCAGUAUCAGGAUGGGCAGUGGAAGAAGCAUUGGUUUGUCCUGACCGAUCAAACCCUGAGAUAUUACAGAGACUCAGUGGCAGAGGAGGCUGCAGACUUGGACGGAGAAAUCGAUCUGUCCGCCUGCCAUGAUGUCACCGAAUACCCAGUUCAGAGAAAUUAUGGCUUCCAAAUCCACACUAAGGAAGGGGAGUUCACACUCUCAGCCAUGACAUCAGGUAUCCGACGAAAUUGGAUUCAGACUAUAAUAAAGCAUGUGCGGCCAAACACGGCUCCCGAUGUCACUAGUUCUUUGCCGGAGGAGAAAAAUAAAACAUCGUCCUCUUUCAGCGCCAGUUCCGUUCCCAAUGACAAGUUGGACUCUGAACAUUCCGAUGCUGAUGUGGAGCAGAAAAGAAGCCGGGCUAGAGAGAGGAGGAGGGAAGGCCGAUCUAAAACCUUUGACUGGGCUGAGUUCCGGCCUAUCCAGCAGGCGUUGGCUCAGGAAAGAGCACAGGCCGCUCAAGCCAUGAAGUCAAUUUCUUCCUAUGACACCACUGACUCUAAGAGUGACCUAGGGGAGCUGGAGAGAGAGCGUGCGCGCAGGAGGGAGGAACGUCGGAAAAGGUUUGAAAGUACGGAUUCCGUGGAGGAGUCCACAGGAGAGGAUGGAUCUCGAAUGGAGAUAGAUAGGGGACCUUUGACUUCCGAAAACGUGGACAUUCGGGCAAAUGUCCAGGUGGAGAUAGAGCAACGUUGGCAACAGGUAGAGACCACCCCACUAAGAGAAGAGAAGCAGAUACCAAUAUCUCCUCUACCCAUUGGCUCCCCAAAGCAUUCCUCUGAAGAUACCAUUGUGCUGCUGGAAAAACAGUUGGAGCAGAGCCAAAAAGAGGUCAACGAUCUGUUAGCAGAGAACCUUCUCCUGCAGCAACGGCUGAAGCAAGCUAUGGAGCAGCAACAGAAUGCGAGGGAUGGAUACGUUUUACAGACUGAAUUGGCAGAUCCCUCAUCAGAUGCCUGGCAGAGACUGCAUAAGGUCAACGAGGAUCUUCAAACUGAACUGGAGGGGCAAUGCAGACGCCAGGAGCUAUUAAACAAUCAGAUGCAGACCCUGAAACACAGUUAUAGUGAAGCCAAAGAUUCAAUCAGACACCACGAAGCAGAGAUUGUUGGCCUACACGCACGCAUUAACAGCCUCUCGGCAGAGCUUUCAAUAAAGGAGGAAACACUGACAAAGGUAAAAAUAGACUUGAAAAACGAGAAGGAAAAGACAAAAGAAGUGCUGGAAGAAUGGCAAAGCAAUGAAGCGGCCCUAAGCUCCCAGUUAAGGAUCAACCAACAAAAGUUAAAAGAUGCAGAAUCUUUCCUUUUGAUGAAAAGUCAAGAACUUCGAGAAUUAGAAAUGGAGCAAGCUCUUCAGAGGGAUUUUCAAAAGGAGACACAGAGGCUUCAAGAAAAAGUGGCUGAUCUGAGCUCUCAACUGGAGGCAAGUGAGCAAUCUCGGAUUCGGACGGAGGAGAGACUUCAAAUGAAUUAUGAAGAAUUGCUUGCUAGCUACGAGACUGAAAAGCAGCUUCUGUUGCAUAGCCUUAAAGAAGCAGAAGACAAGCUUGUGGAUUAUGAAUAUAAGCUGCAGGAGAAUGAGCAACUUAUGGAAAAUCUUCAGAAAGAAAAGCUCAAUACAAACUCGGAGACCAGCAUUCUAGUUCAUCACCUGGAAGGGCAGUUGGCCGGAAAGGAGUCAAAGAUUCAGAAGCUUGAAGGUUAUGUCAGAGAGGUGGAGGGUGAGAGAGACCAGUUAAAAUCAGCAUGCCAAAAAAUGGCAUCUCAGAUGGCUAUGAAUGACACCAACUCUGCCAACCUUCAAGCUAAUCUACAGAUGCGAGACGCAGAGUGUCAGAACUUAAGGAACUCACUGGAGAAGGCUUCCAAGGAGUUGGUCAAAUUCAAAGAAUCUAUGAGGGAAAAAGAAGAGGAGAACAGAUGUAUCUUAGAAACACAUAGGAAAACAGUUGAGAAAAAGGACCAGGACAUCAAUGAAGCAAUGAUUAAAAUGGCAGCCCUGGGUAACAGCUUGGAAGAGACCGAAACAAAACUGAAAGCUAAGGAAGAGGCCUUGUUAAAGGUCUACAAUUUUAACAUUGAGUCACAAACAAAGGAAAUUGAAAUGCUCCGCAUACAAUUGGAAGGUGCUAAAAAUCAAAUUGCAGAGUUUGAAAAGAACUUGCAAAGUCAUAGGGGUGAUACUUUUGGUGAAGAACAAGGUAUGGCAAGAGUAAUGGAAACAGGACAGGACUUGCAAGGAUGUUCUUCAUCAAAUACUGUAGAAACAUGUGCUGGUAUGUUUGCAACAGAGAGAGAGGACACUGGAGCCAAAAGGCAGAGAAUACGUUUCUCCAGUAUACAGUGCCAGAAAUAUAUUCAUGGUGAUGGUGGGGAAAAGACAUGGACAAGUAGCAACUCUUCAGACAGUAGCCAAGAACAAUGUGUAUCUGAAGAAGGAGCAUUGUCUGUAAGUGUAACUCAGGACCUGUCUUCUGGUCCCAGUGAUAUCGACGGAUAUCUCUCCAUAAUCCACUCUCUUGAAAGUCAACUUUGUGUAAAUGAAGAGAAACUGAAAGACCUGACAUUACAGUUGGAGAAUGAGAAAAACUGUAAUCAAGAGGCUUUGCUAGAUCUUCACAAUCAAUGGUCGAGGACGGAGUCCAGCCUUAGAGAGGAGCUUCAGAACAGGAUAACUCAGAUCAACACUAUGGCAAAACAGCUGGAAACAGAAAACAUUACUAGGCUUGAGUUAGAAAGAUGGCCCUGUACAGGGUUCCAGAAAGAUGUUUUGAACUGCAUAGAAGCAUGUAGAAAAUUGCAUCAAGACUUGCCAUUUCAAGGCGUUACAACGGGUCCAUUUUCAUCCACUUUACCCUCAUGCCAAAGUUCUUUAAUGAACACAAUUCAUUCUUUGGAAAAACUUCUACGGUAUAAAAUAUCCAGUGAAGGAUGUUCAACGGCUAUCCAAUGUGAAGAUAUUUCAAGUCCAACAGAAAUACAGUCAGAGUCCCAUAAAGACACAUUGCAAAAUCUAGCAGAAAAAAUAGAUUUUCAGGCAAAGUUGGUGAACAAUUUAGCAUCGGCUGUAAUGCAGGCACGCAGCGAGUCCUCCCAAGCCAGUCAUGAAUUAAAGCCAGAUAGUGAGGAUUUCAGUAGUAUGUCACUUGUAGAGGUUUUUACCAAGAAGGUGAUGUUGUUAAGAGACUAUUCUAGGAUGCUUGAGGGCUUCAGUAAAGCUAUUGUUAGCUAUGCUAAUGAGUCUCCUAUUAAUCCUUCCCCUGUUCAAGACCUAUUUCAAACGUUAUCAGACAACACUCUGAUUAAAGCUGAGCUGGACUUAGCCACACAAAAGUUGGACUUCUGCCGUGGUCAUGUAAAAAUUCUAGAAGCAGAACUUAAGAAAGCAAACCCUACACUUGACCAGAGGUCCUUAUUGGAAAGAGGCACAAUAUUUUAUGAACAACUAGGUGUUGAACACUGUGUCUAUCAAAGAAUUCCACCCUGUCAUCUGAGCACCUCUGAACCAUGUGACGAUUCCCAGCUAGUAGGACAGUCAUGCCCAUCAAGACUCCAGGGAUCUAUGGGAGAUAGUGUGAUGCCAUUUGAGGAAGAAUUGGCCAAGCAUUUAAGGGAGCAUGCGGAUACUCUUAAAGGCAUUUCUUCUGCCUUCAUGUCUAUGCAAAAUACCGAAAUCCAUAGCAAUAUGCAGAGUUUCUUGGAAGUAUCCAAGCAGCUCUCUUGUUGUGAAAAAAUUCUUGACCCCUGUAACGUUUUUUCCGUUCUUGUACAAGAUGCUGUUGUACAGGCCCAGAUACAAUAUGUUACCUGUAAAACAAGGCUGGAAUAUGAGCGAGAGAUGAAAAUGUUGGUGGACCGUUUGUGCCACCUUCACUCCGAGGCACUUGAAAAAGUACAGCAGGAAUGUCAAGUGUUAGUACAAAACAAGCAGGAUGAGCUCUCGGACAUGAUUAAAAGAGAGAGGGCGGCCUCAGAGGCUAUAGUUAACCAGGCUACAGAGAUAGAAAAGCAUCUAGGGGAAGCUGAGGCAAGUUUCAAAGAGAAAUUAUCAUUGGUGGAGAGCAGUUAUGAGAGGGAGAUACAGAGCCUAAUGGAAAGCUGGGCAGAGAGAGAAAACAUUUUGAAAGCAGAGCAGGGGAAGGCACUAAACAAAUUUGAAACUUCAGAACUAGAAAAGCAGAAUUCGGAAAGACAUUAUGUUGAGCAAAUUAGAAUAUUAGAGGCAAAAUUCCAAGACAAAAUCCUCGAACUAAAUGACCUCCACAGGGAUGAAAUAAUGGCCUUGGAGAACAGAUAUACACAUAGCAUCCAGCAGCUCCAAGAGACUCUGGACAUCUACCAGAGGGAGCAUCCUGAUAUCCUAUCACUGGAAGAAGAGCCAUCCACCAGCAGAUGGUUGGUAACUGAUUCUGGAGCAUCAGAAGCAACCAAGUCCACAAACUUAAGAGAUCGUGUUCUGGAACUAGAGACUCAAAUUGACAUGAUGAGGGAGCAGUUGGAGAGAAAACAUCAGGACGGAAACGCAUCAGCUUUAAAAGAAAAAUACCAGGCAGACUUUGAGAACCUGAAGGCGACGUGUGAACGAGGCUUUGCAGCCAUGGAGGAGACUCAUCAAAAGAAGAUUGAGGAUCUCCAAAGACAGCACCAACGUGAGCUGGAGAAGUUGCGGGAUGAGAAGGACCGUUUGUUGGCUGAGGAAACUGCAGCUACUAUAUCUGCCAUCGAAGCCAUGAAGAAUGCUCACCGUGAGGAGUUGGAGCGAGAGCUGGAAAAGACUCACCGCUCGCAGAUCAGUAGUGUCAAUGCAGAUGUGGAGUCCCUGCGCAGACAGUACCUGGAGGAAUUGAAUUCGAUUCAGCGAGAGCUUGAAGUUCUAUCUGAGCAAUACUCCCAGAAGUGUUUAGAAAACGCACAUCUGGCUCAGGCAUUGGAGGCAGAGCGCCAGGCUCUACGGCAAUGUCAGCGUGAAAACCAGGAGCUUAAUGCGCACAACCAGGAACUGAAUAAUCGACUAGCCACUGAAAUCACGCGGCUGCGGGCCCUAGUCACCGGAGAUGGAAGAGGAGAGCUAUCACCUCUUACACAGGGGAAAGACUCUUACGAAUUGGAGGUCCUUCUACGAGUGAAAGAGUCUGAGAUCCAGUAUCAGAAGCAGGAAAUCAGCUCCUUGAAAGACGAACUUCAUACAGCGCUGAGGGACAAGAAAUACAUGAGUGACAAAUACAAGGAUAUCUACACGGAGCUGAGCAACGCAAAGGCCAAAGCAGAGUGUGACAUCAGCCGGUUAAAAGAUCAACUUAAGACAGCCACAGAGAUGUUGGGUGAUAAGACCCCAGAGAAUCCAUCCGUGUCUGGAUAUGAUAUCAUGAAAUCGAAAAGUAAUCCAGAUUUCCUGAAGAAUGAUAGAUCCAGCAUCAACAGGCAACUGCGAAAUAUCAGGUCCAAGUCCGUAAUUGAGCAGGUCUCAUGGGAUAACUGAAAGGUUCCAGGUACCAGAACCCUUGACAUAGCCUGAAGGAGGGGCUGACCGUCCAGGAGCGCCUCAAAAUCUUCGAAUCCCAGGACAUCAAGAAACACUAAAUUUGUGCUGUUGCCCCACCUACCCCCAAACAGGAGCAUAGACGUGCAGAGCGGAACUCUCAUGCGCCAGGGGCCUCUGCAGUGCAACUCUCUGCAUGUUUCAUGGCUUCUGAAUGUGCAGGCCACCCUGGUGCUGACAUGGUCAAUUCCUGUGGAACUCUUAUCUACAGCUGUGUCUUUCUCCUUCCCUCUCUCCCUUAUUCCUCCGCCCACUAGAGGACAUGGGCACUUUACUUGUCUGCUGUUAUUGUCCGAGCUUUAAUUCUCAUUCAGAUAAAAUUGUCAGUAUUAAAGGCACAGCCGCCGAUCAAUAAGCUAUCAGGAGUGUGAAACCAUUUUGGAGACUGGUGCAUGCGCGAGCCUGCGUCUUCAGAGCUCACAUGCAUUACCACCAGCUGUCUAGGCCCCAGGACAAGGAUGUGAACCACAGGCAGGCAAAUGUGACAGGAGAAUCCCAAAACCUCACCAGAUCAAAAUGUGGCUCGCUUCCAUGGCACUUAAAAAGCAUCAUGAGAUUUCUGCUCAACUUACGAGCCAGUAAAUAUCAUAAUGCAGUUCAGAGGGACACCAUAAAAAAAUAAUUUGUAAGGAGAAAAAAUUGCAAUCAGCACAUUUUUGGGUAUUUAUCUAUAGGAUUCACGUGGAGGCUAAAUAAUAGUUUUUAGCCAUUAUGGUGUUUUCUUUAGUACAGGGAUAAUCGAAAAGAAUGAGGUAUAGUUAUUGCAGAACUACAGUUUUCAUGAUUCUUUGUAAUUUUUAAGGCUGCCAAAGCAUCAAGGGAGUUGCAGUUGUACGUCAGGGGAUAUUCGUUUUGUCGCCCCGUUGUAGCUCUAUCUUUACCCCAUUAAAGGUCAGUUGGUACAUACUACAUCGCUCAGAUUUUCCUAUGUGACACCCCCCCAUAGACAUCUAAUAACUUAAUUAAGCAGUGACCCUAUUGACUGGCUACAAGCCACUAACCCAUGAUUACAUGAAAAAGGAAAUGUAUUGUAUAUAUAAUGCACACAGACCAUGUGUAAAUGCUCAGAUCCAGUUUCACGAGAGCAGAAUUGAUCUCCUUUCAAAUCCUAAAACCAUUUUAAUUGGAUUUUGUUUAUGCGCUUUUUAAUUUCUGCCAGGAAAAAAAUAAUUUCUCUCAUUAAGGAAAAAAAAGUUGAUAUAUCAUUAAAACAAUCAUGCUUUCUGCAUUAUUUGGAUGUAUUGCAUGAUGGUGUUUGACAUUUUUCACGUUAUUUAACACUGUGGGCUGGUGCAUUUUUCGAGGCAUUGCACUUGCAUGGUUCUUAAAUUGUUAAACAGAGUUGUGAACAGAUUAUACCAAAGCUCUAGUAAUCGUGAGCAUUUGUGUUAAUAAUUGUACCGUUUGUGAUUUCUAGUCCAGUGUGUGGUCAUUAUAUGACUGUCUUCCAUGGGAGAGGUUAUAGUGUCAGGCUCUCCUGGUAUUAGACUAUCCAAUCACAGAUGAUUGAAGAGAUUUUGCAAGUGAAGUGGUGUCCGUUACUUGUAUGUGAUGUCAUUGUCCAGCUCAGGGAGUCCGCAGUGACUAAUGGAGAGAGGGGGAAGUGUGUAUUAAUUAAGGUUUGCUUUUUUUUUUAGGCGUUUAUAGAAAGUGUACAUUUUUUUGGGUGAGGAGGUCGAUAAAGCACAUUUUUUUGCAAAUUAGGAUCCCACUGCCAAAGGUUGCAUGGGGGGAGUCAAUAUUUUGUACUACAAAACUCCCUGCUCUCUCUUUAUGGCAAUGCCAACCCAAGGAAAGGGUUUAAAAGUGCAGAGAAGAAAAGGUCCCUUUGUAGGGAGAAUGGAAACUGCCACGUUUGAACUCUUUUGGGUGAGGGGUGAGGUGUCUGUCUGUUGCAUUUAUAAAUGUGCUUUAUCAUAGCAGGUUGAGAGCAGUUACAUUGCAUGUUUUUGUGAAGUUCAGUUUGGUUAAAGCAUGUCUAUUAGUGGGAGUGUGAGGAGGGACGUCUGAGGAAAGGUUAAUAAAGAAUAUAAUUAGAACUCUCGCUGCUACAUGAACCUGCAAUGCAAUGGAAGACCAGCAGAAUACGUCUCUGAACCAAGUGUUAAAUAAAUGUGAAAAAAGGUUAUCACCCUUGUGUACUUUAUAGGUGGCCCAUGCAGUUUAAUCUUGGAUAAUACAAUGUAUUGCCUACUUAUCAGUCUAAGCAUUAAACCUGUGAGUUCCAUAGUGGUGGCCACACUUCUGGCACUCAAAGGGUUAAGUUUGAGCUGUUCAGGUAAUGUCUUUCUAUGCUUUUUGUAAUCUGUACCCCAAAUCUAGACAGGCAUGCAGGGGGUUUGACUGCGGACACUGCUAGAGAUCUGUGAUCUUUGCACUCACACUCUAGCCAAUGGUUGGCUGAGCUUGAUUGGUGCUGGGGUGUCAUAUAUAAGCAAGCACUUUCUUUGUAUAUAAAGUAAUUGAAUAGUGCCACUAAAUUUCGUCACCAACAAUAAGAAGAAAGUAUGUUAACCAAUGUACAUUCCUGUUCCUUAAACAUUUAUAUUUAAAUGUUUUGCUGUAAAUAAAUCUACUUGCCGUCACUGCUUCCCAUAAGGAUUUUUAUAGGCAAAGGAUUCUAAAGUAUGGUUCCCAUUAUGCCCAAACAGUCCUGUGGCUGGCUGAGUAUGACUGGAAUCGCAGAUUUUAAUGAAAAGAUUUCUUAUUUCUCUAAUCCCUCCGUCACAUCAUCAUGUAGCCGAGUAAUCUGCUCGAUUUGAUUGGGAUUUAGUAAUUGGCAAUAAUGCCAGUGGGACGGAUAGCAAAUUAAAAACCAGGCUUUUUAUUAUAUUGGUUAUAAAUACAUUUUGAUUGCAGUUAAGCCAAUGCAUUAUUGAGAUUAUUUUUGUAUGUUCUCACCUGCCCUAAACACUUGAUCACUGGUGCCUAUUAAUGCCAAAAUAUGUGCUUUCAAGUUAAGACUUGAACCGGCUCAAGAUUAAAUACCCUCAAAGCUGAUUCUCGUGGAUACAUUUCUUAUUAAAAAUGGAGUUAGCAGCCUUACUAUAUCCUUCACUUCACCUACGUAACAGUUAUUACCUGGAGCAGGGACUGGGCUUCCAUCCUGUCACAUGCAAGUGUGUAUAUGAUUGUAAUGUAUUUAGGUUUUAAAUUUUGUGGUUCACCUCCUUUCCUGUGUAGUGGACAGCUGCUGCAGUGGGCACUGUUUUUUGUUCUGCAAUCUCCAGCAAAAAGAUGUUAGCGCAUGCACAGGAUUCCAUCCAAACGAUUAUCUGUUUUAAACACCAGAUAAAGAAAUAUAUAUAUAAAAAACCUGUAUAGUAUUCAGAAAACACUCUGUAAAUAUUUCUUAAUUCCAGAGAAUAGUGAGUUUUGUGUCUGACUUGUGUUUUUAAUCUUCUCUAAACCAGAUGUUUAAUUUUCUUCAUAGAGCUUGUGGAUUGAGUGUAAUAUUUGGAGUUUAGUGCCCGUUGAGUGUCCUGAUAUUUUUUAGAAGCUCGCUGAAUGUGAAUCCUGCGUUUUAUGCUCACGUGUAAUAUAUAUUCCAGAGGAUUGUACAGAGCCUGUCUGAGACCAGUAUGCCACAGCACUAAAAAAAAUGGCUUCUUCUUUUUUUUUUAUUUUUCCCCUCCCACACGCAUUCCAGUAAUUAUUGCCGCAGUGAGCCCCUGGUAUCUGCAUUCUACAGACUGGCAUUAUUAUUUAAGUGCAAGAGUGCCCACUCUGCUUGUACUCAGAGUUAAAGGGAACCCUAGUGCUGAUACGGGCUGGAAAGGUUUAAUCCAUUGCUGCCCUAUGCUAUCUAUGCCUUGACGUCAGAUAUUUCAGUGUGUAAAUACUUUACGGAGCAAUUGUGCUGCAGACUUCUCUGUGGUUGGGGAUAAUGGUGAAAGGUUAAUGUGUUAUCCUUUUUGAUGGUCUCCAGCAUAGAAUUUUAAGGGGGUAAAUGUUUUUAAUAACCGAGCCUGAGAGACUCCAGCCAUGUUUAUGCUACAUGGGUCAGGUUGCAUUUGGGGCGUUAGAGAGACGCUCUGCAAAGUUUAAGGUUACAGAGUCUAUGGUAUUAGUCAGAGGUGGCCAGAAUGUAAACACUGUUAUAGAACUACAUUUACCAUGAUGCUUUGCCAAACUUUUGUCAAAGUAUCAUUAAAUUUGUAAUUCUACAGCCCUCUGUUUCUACCUUGUGGGCACUACUAAUACAUAUAAAUCUACGUACUGAUUGCAAUGGCGAUCUUGUUGCCAAAGUGAACAGGUUUGAGAUUUCAUAGCAAAGCUUUUCUUAGUUGCAAUUUAAACUGCAGGCUCUUUCAAAAUCUGGAAACUGUAUAGCACAGAGUCCUCUUAAACUGGCAAUGCCCUUAUACCCAGAACAACCUGCAAUUUAAAAUGUAAUUGGGAACAAUCUCAAGAACUUCAACAUGAUCAGUAAAUUCUCCAUUAUAUAUUAAACUCUCAUUUUUUUUUUAAAUCCCCUUCUCCCUAAGCCCUUACUUUCCCUCUAAUAACAGCUAUGUCUGAUUGAUGGACAACCUGUUUGGAGACCCAGGCUACAGUUUUUUUUUAAUCCACUACAAAACCAUUUACACUAAAUCAGAGACUCCUAAUAAACUGUGGGAUUAGCCAAGCCAUAGGUGUGGCAGGUACCAUAGAUUUUAAUGUCAGAGUAUGCCGACCGAGGUCCCUGUAGAAUAAUUUGCUGACAUCAUAGCAUCUUGAUGAUCUUAUAACCCUUAUACUUGAGUCUGGCCAAUUUAUGUGCGCUCGCUGGACAGCCCAGUGACAGUGAAAAUAUGCAAGUUUAACGUUUGUUUUAUUGUAGUAAAAUUCCCCACCUACACUAAAGAAAGGGAUACCGGAGGGACUUAAAUCAUCAUCUAUCUGGAUGUAUUAUUCUUUAUCUUUCUCUAAUAUGUGUUUUUGUUAUAUAAUACUUGCAGCCGUGUGUCUCUUUAACCCCCCCAGUGUUUUAGGCGUUUGCCAAUGUGCAGUGUGGUGUAUAUAUGCAAUGCUUGGCCAGCCUCCAGCGCAGCGGGGAUUAUAGAGGCGCUGUGUGCUGCAAGCUACAAAUAAACUCCGCAUUAGUUUGCCAGGCUCCUCAUUUCUAAGAAUAAUAUUUUAGUAUGAAUGGUUUAUAUUCUCCUUUUUAUUUGUGGCAAUAUUUUUAAGUCCUUCUUUAUUAACGUGCUCACUGCAUUUCACUUUGUCAUGUUAUUUCUCUCCGCUGGAUGUGUGCGACUGGCUAGUUUCCUGUGGUUGUAGCUUAUCAUUUUUAUUUUGUAAAUAUAAUUACUUAACUUUACAUAAACUAUAUCGUAAUAAACUAUUUUUGCACCACCCUCACAA